AUGGCUUUACCACCACGAGCUACCUUUGAGCCCUUUCCUACCCACCUCGACGUGAAGGAGCUAGUGGAAACUACAGACAACUUUGUGUUUGCAGUCCGUAUCUCUUGCGAGGCUGUUGAUACCUUACCUCGGGAGGACUUUGAUAAUCUUGUUCGAUAUCAUGUGACCAUGCUGGGGAUGCCCUUGGUCAUUGAGGGCUUCCAUGAACAUCUGGACAAAGGGCUGUUCUCUUCUAGGUGGCUGCAGAAAAAUGGUCAGAGCGAACAGGUACGUGACUUGACCCGUGGAAUCAACAUCCACAUGGGCACGUCACAUUAUUUGAAAAGCUUGCAAAGACCGACGAAGCCUAUUUUCUCGCCAUUUUGUCGCACUGACCAAAAACUGUAUUUGAAGGAUAUUGACUGCCCUUCGGACUGGCAGAGAUCCUUGGAGAGACUAAUCCCACCGUCGUUAUUCUAUCUCAACGACGGUCCUAAGCCAUACGAAGGCCCAGGGUCUCGUCUCACUUAUCUGGCAGAGCAUCUCACCACGCCUUCCGGAGAGCCCAUCGCCAGAUCAGGCGAUCUAAUGAGUUGUCUGCCUGAGGAAAUGCGCGCUCAAAACCUCAUGUGUUAUAUCGGCCCCGAAGGUACCUACACCCCUGCACAUCAAGAGAUGUGUGCCAGUCUGGGCCACAAUAUCAUGGUGGAAGCGUCAGACGGUUCUAUCGAGAGUGGUCAGCCAACCCAGCCGGGCUCAUCAAUUUGGUUCAUGACAGAGACCAAAGAACGCAGAAUUGUCUCCGACUAUUGGGCCUCGGUACUUGGCCAUGAUAUUGAUCUCGAGGAUCAUUUUGCACAACUCAAUGCAUGGGUAGGUGCGCCAUUCAAGACCUACGUGGUAGAACAGAGGCCAGGGGAUCUCAUUCUCGUCCCUCCACUGGCGGCUCAUCAAGUCUGGAACCGCGGUACACGGACCAUGAAAGUGGCUUGGAAUCGCACCACGGUGGAGACCCUCAGGAUGGCCAUGGAGGAAGCACUUCCUCAUGCACGAAUGGUUUGUCGCGAUGAACAGUAUAAGAACAAAGCCAUUGUCUUUUAUGCUCUCGAGCGAUAUUCAAAACUGCUACGAGAAGCCCCGACAGCUGAUAACCCUGCAAAAGAGCAGCUGUGGGAAGAUUUUCAACGGCUGUUCAAGAUCUUCACGGAGAUCCUCCUCUCGGAGAGUCUUUCGUCAACUCUUCCUGGGGAGAAGGGCAUUGAGUAUGUCAGAUUUGACAGCAACGUCACAUGCUCAUAUUGUCGCUGUAAUAUUUUCAAUCGGUUCCUUACUUGUUCAACUUGUACCAUGCACGGAAAUGACGCUUAUGAUAUUUGUUUGGAUUGUUACGUUUUAGGUCGGAGCUGCCACUGCAUUUCCAGGCUCAAAUGGGUGGAGCAAUUUCCGUGGAAACAUCUUCGGGAUCGACAUGAAGCAUGGCGGCGUCAAAUCAUCGAUUUGAAGCCGUUUGAUAAAGCACACAAAGCCGAAUUUCUCGUGUUCACCGUUGCACGAUCCAGAGCAGCUCGGAAAUCGGUCGCUGAAAUUUGCCAGGAGCAAUUGGCUGUCAGGCCUUGGGUUGAUCCCAAGAACCCAACCGCCAGAAAAUUGAAGUCUAUCAGCCCUCCUGCUACAGACAAUGAUGGGCGGGCAAUGAAGAAGCGGAAGGUCCAGCAAAAGGGUGCGGAGACCGGCUCUUGCCACAUGUGUAGAAAUAUUGAGCCUUCUUGGAAGUUGGCAGCAUGCACGAGCUGCCACUUAAAGUACUGCUAUGCCAUUCUCUACCGUGCGUUCGAUACCUCACCCCAGGACGCGAUGGCACGCUCCCACUGGUUGUGCCCUCGAUGUCGGAAGGUGUGCAACUGUACACCUUGCCAGAGGGACCCUGCCAUGAAACCCCACGAGCCCUAUCAUAUCUUACUGGGACACGAUACCAGGAAGAUUGCCGACCCCCGAAGUGUUGAGUCGCUGGUGACUUUGCGUCUUCCCAAUCUGAAAUGGCUUCCAAGCCUGGAGGAGAAUAGCCAAAGACGUCUGCGGCAACGCAUGGACGAAAUUGAGCAGAAUGGGGUAAAGAUGCGAAAUGAUCGUGCGAUCGUGAUGGAUAACAGGCUGCAAGAUACAUUGAACGAAAACACAGCACACCACAGUCUAGGAUACAUUCCGGUAGACCCUGCAUUGGAACUUGAAACUGGCUUUACGAACUCGAGCCAGAAUGCACUCAAGGCUUGA